AUGGCCUACUUCCGCAUCACACUCCUGAGAUCUGCCAUUGGCCUCCCUCGGAAGACAUGGGGCGUGCUCGAAGCACUCGGCCUCAGGAAACGUCUCACCACUGUCUACCACCCAGUUUCGCCCUCAGUCGCCGGUCAGAUCUUCGCAGUCAAGGAGUUGGUCGACGUUCAGGAGGUGGAUCAAGCUUUGUCCAAGGAUGAGUUGAAGGAAUUGAGGAGGCCAGAUCCCGGCUUUUAUGUCGAGAAAAGAGCGAAGGAUGUCAGGACAGGACUGUGA